AUGCCAGGUCAGGACAGCGGCUCCUGCAGCGCCUGCGGGCCCGACGAUGUGACUUCCGACGGCUCGUGCUUCAAAGCCCCGAGCGGCAGCCACAACUGCGACAUCACGCUGGAUGCGGGCGACUUCUACUCCUGCAAGUUCAGUGGCUGGGGCUCGGACAGCCAGAGAUGCUUCGCGGCGCCGCCGGCCAACUACUGCGUGAAGCGGGUAUGCACGUAUCAGGGCGGCACCAAAAGCUGCAGCGCUUUUGUGCCGGCGACCAACGCGCCCUUCUGCAUCGGGGACCCGUCGCUGCCAGCCAUCGACCACGCGGUGAUUAUGUACACCUGCUGCGACCACAACCUGCUGAGCUUCACGGGCUUUUGCGGUGGACCUACGACUCCGUGCGUGGUGCGCGCUUCUGGGCGAGGCGUUUGUCCGACUCCUCAAACUGAUGAGUACUUGGUGGGAGCCGAGAACCUUGCCGGCACCUCCUGGAGUUUGCCCAAGGCGGUGACCUGUUCCAGCAUCCCCACGCCAAGUGAACCCGCCAAAUACGAGAUCCCCUCCAGCUGCACGGCGCUGGUGUCGGGGGCCUCCUGCGAAGUCAGCUGCGGCAACGGCUACGCCAAAGAAGGGUCGGGCGGCACAUUCACUUGCCAGAACGGCCUCUCUGAGUCGCCCAGCGGGGAGCUGCCGAACUGCGUGGCACUGCCGAGUGGCAUCCACGUGGUGCAGGCGCCACUCGCGUCCACGACUACGACCACCACCACCAGCCUCCCCACCCGCUGCGCAGUGUGUUCCACCAUUGGCGAUUGGCAGGACUCGCGCUACGCCUCGUGCCGUGCUUGGGGGGACCCUCACAUCACGGAGAGUUGGCGCAGCAACGCGCCGCAGCGCUUCGACCACCAAGGUACUGGGGUGUACAAGUGGGCCACCAGCAACCACUGCGGCGGCGAUUUCGAGCUGCAGACCUUUCAAUGCCAGUACCGUGGUGGCCGCAACGCAGUGAUCACCGCCGUGGCAGCGCGGCUCAACGGCGGGGACCGCGUCUUCGUGAGCGAGCGGACGGUGACCCACAGCGGGGACCCGGCCGUGGAUCCCAGUGACGCGAUUCACGUGGACAAGCAGGGGGUGAACGUGAACAGUGACGACCAGUGUGUGUUCUUCAGCGUGAACACCAAGAACCUGAACUCCAAUCCCGGAUUCCUUCACAACUUGAAGAUCAAGGUUUUGGCAGAGGACGCCGCGGCAGAAGGCGUUUGCGGGGCGGACAAGGACCAGUUGCGAAACAGCUACGUGGACCCAAACGGGGGGCAAAUGCUCUUUACGAGCGCGGAGCACAGCGCGCUGUGCGCCCAGUGCACUGGUUCAGGCAGCGAGAUACCGAGGGGCUGCGCCACCGGAGGCGGAGGCGCUCCUGCGACCUUCAGCCCAGACUGCGAGUUCCUGGCCCCUCUCACUGGCCUCGACCAAGAGUGUACGGCGACUGAUGACGCACGCUUCGGCACUUUUCAGGACAACGGGCAGAACUGCGUGGCCUACGCAGUGCUGAAUAGGAAGAAAAGCUGCGACGACUUUUGCGAAGAGAGGGGCAGCGUUUGUGUCACUGCGAAAUCGGACAGGGGGCAGUGCGUUUUGUGGGGCAGUCGCGCAACCGGCCAUACUUUGCCGUGCUCGCGGGGGAGAAUGUACGACGCGAUCUGCGUUUGCAAAAAGCCGGACAUCCCCGUCCCUGGGGAGACAGCCCUCGAAGUCUGCCAGACCAACAACUUGGAUCUCGCGCGGGGGACCCCAGACUCGCCGGCCCGGUUAAGGGGCGAACUGGGGUACUUGGUGAAGGCCAUUUGGGCUGCAUCCAUCUCCAGGCAGUUCCUGGACUUGAAUCACCUGGGUUGGGCUGGGCGGCAUGUCGCCGCCUCUAGCGGCACGAGGACCGCGGAGUCCACCUGCCGUGCCGGGAACCCGGCGCUGGCCACGGCGGUGUUCCCCAUGCGCAGCUUGGAGACGGACGCGGUUGUGACGCCGGAGGAGGAUGGCCUGGACCGGAUGCUGCAGGAGCGGAGGGGAUCCUGA